UUUCUCCUCCUCUCGCCCUCAUUUUACCUUCUAGCUUAAUCAAUACUUCAUGUUUGUGUGAGUGUGCGUGAUGGGAACCGGAUCUGCUUCGUGGACUACCUCUUCUCUUUUAGCGAGCAAAAUUGUUUUUCCUCUUCAGUUCAUAGGAUAACCACCGCGUAAAGUAGGCUAUUUAGAAAAACUUCUGUUAGACUUGUAUAUUUACAAAUCUAGUCUAGAUUUCUAGAGAUAGAGUAGAUUUAUUGAAAAUAAAGUUUUUAGAUCUAGACUCCACAUUCAGUGUCUUUACUCGAUCUACAGUAAGUGUCGUAACUUAAAAAACUUCAGCUACAGCUGAAGACACGGUGACAGUCAAAUUCGGCUUAGACUUAGAAAAAAAAGGUGUUUUAUAGAUGUCAUUCAGUCUGUCCCGAAAUGACGUCUAAGACCAAAGACUACGAUCUGUGUAUGGGGGAAGUAGGUGACAGGAUCAGUUCCUCCAUGGUUGGGGGAGGUAACACUGCUGCUGACUAUGACUAUUUGAUCAAGUUCUUGGCCCUUGGCGACUCCGGUGUUGGGAAAACCAGCUUCCUAUACCAGUACACAGACAACUUGUUUAAUGGCAAGUUUAUCUCCACGGUUGGCAUCGACUUCAGGGAAAAACGAGUGCUUCACAAAACUGUGGGUGCUGAUGGGACACUAGGCAGGAGUCACAGAAUACAUCUACAACUAUGGGAUACUGCUGGUCAGGAAAGGUUUCGUAGUCUAACUACAGCUUUUUUCCGAGAUGCCAUGGGCUUCUUGCUUUUGUUUGAUUUGUCCAAUGAAGAGUCUCUGUUGAACAUUCGGAACUGGCUGAGUCAGUUACAAACUCAUGCAUAUUGUGAAAAUCCUGAUGUGGUGUUGUGUGGUAACAAGGCAGAUCUGGAAGAACAGAGAGAAGUCUCAGAGGACAAAGCCAGGGACAUGGCAGAAAAAUUUGGCCUUCCAUAUUUUGAAACAAGUGCAGCUACUGGACAGAAUGUUACUAAAGCAGUGGACUGUCUGCUGGACAGGGUCAUGGCCCGCAUGGACUUGUGUCUUGACCAGUCAAAAAUGCCCAAGUUAAGAAAUGCGGAUGGAAAAAGAGUGGACCUGCCCCCAGGAUCUUCAUCAGGCUGUGGAUGUUAACGGUACAGCAUUGCUAGGCAACUUACAAGUGAAGGAGGUCACAGCGUUAGACAACUUACAAGGAAAGGAUGUUAUUGUGUUAUCACUAAUUGUUGUUGGGUAUUAUUGAGUUGUGGCUGCCUGGUUAUGUGAUAUGUGCCCUGGACUGAUGUCAUAUGGUCCUGGGUUCGGACCCUUCUCAUCACUAUCCCCUGCCGUCUUGUGGGAGGUCUUGGAUAGAAGAUAAGGAUAUAUUUUUUUCUGAAGAAACAUUUGAAAAUUGAUGCAGUGAUGUUACACAAUUUUCUUUUAAAUUGAGAGACAAUAAGAAGGUCCAAUUUUUUUUUUUUUAACACAUGUUUAACUCACUUUUCUCAUUUACUCUCCCCCUUUUGCCCACAGACUUAUCACAUAUUGACUUAUCAACAUAUGAAAAAGUUUCUUUCUUACAGGGGGGAAAAUACUUAUCUCCCUUCCCAAUGUUCACCAUUGUGAGGACUACUCUGUUAAGUACGUAUUGAAGAAUCAAGGCAACUAUGUCGUUGUUGGCCCCAACACUUUUAUUCAUUCAUCACUGGACGCCAUCUUGGGCAGAACCACUUGUUCCCAACAAAAGACACCUAACUCACAUCUAUCAAGUAUGAACAUCCUUCCCUUUCUAUCCACAAAACAUGUUCCCAACAAAAGACACCUAACUCACAUCUAUCAAGUAUGAACAUCCUUCCCUUUCUAUCCACAAAACAUGUUCCCAACAAAAGACACCUAACUCACAUCUAUCAAGUAUGAACAUCCUUCCCUUUCUAUCCACAAAACAUGUUCCCAACAAAAGACACCUAACUCACAUCUAUCAAGUAUGAACAUCCUUCCCUUUCUAUCCACAAAACAUGUUCACAAGAAAAGACACCUAACUGACAUAUAUCAAGUAUGAACAUCCUUCCCUUUCUAUCCACAAAACAUGUUCACUACAAACAUUCCCAAACAAACACAUGGCAGAAACAUCUUUCAUGAUUUUAGUUGAUCUCUUUUCUGUUGGUGUAAGACUCGUGAGGCAUACUCUAAGGGUUUCCCUUCCGCAUCAACACGGCAUCAAGCCCGUCUUGGCUACUGUUGACCUGAUUUUCAAGGGAUUUGGCUGCCUUAUAGAAACCCAGCACCGGGGUUGUUGUUAUCAUUUCCUUUAAUUUCCUAAAGGCGACUUCGCUUCCUCGUUCCAAUCAAGAUUCAUUUCUUUCUUGGUGAGUUCCCGCAGGGGGUGUGAUAUGGCUGACCAGUUGCUAAGGAACUUUGAUAGGUACUGCACCAUACCACAGAAUCGUCGGAUUUGAGGUACUGCACCAUACCACCAUACUGCGCGUUUUAGGGUGAUCCAUGUCCACUGCACCUUCUUGGGGUCUGGUUUGAUGCCUUGUGCACUGAUGACGUGUCCCAUGAAUUUGACCGCCUCUUUUUGUUCCAAUGUUUUGCUCUCGUUCAAUAUUAUGGAUUUUCUUUUGCAUCUUUCUCGCAGCUUUUCCAAUUUAGCCUUAUGGUCCCACAACGCCUCUUCCCUUGUCCUGCCACAACCGACUACAAUGAUGUCAUCUGCAACAUUGAUGCAGCCGCUGAGGCCAUCGAGUGCUUGUGACAGUUUCCUUUGGAAGAUCUCUCCACUGACACAUAGUUCGAAUGGCAGCCUUGCCCAUCUAUAAUGGCCGUAAGGUGUUAUCAUUGUGGUCAGAAUGCUUGAUUCUUUGUCGAGGUGAAAAUGCUAAUAGGCUUCUUUAACGUCGAGUUUCGAGAACACUUUGGAGGUAGGGUAUCUUCAAAUGUGGGGAGUCUGUAAUGCUCCCUUUUCAAGACUGUUCAAGUGUUGUGGGUCUAUACUGAUUUGCAAAUCUCCAUUUUUUUUUCUGAACAAUGGCCAUUUGACUGACCCAAUCCGUUGGCUCCUCUACCGGGACCAGUAAUUUCCUCUUCACUAGUACAUCAAGCUCUUUCUUGACUUUGUCUCUGUAUGCGAAAGGAAUAUUAGGCACGUAGACACUAACUGAGACUUGCUGGUAUCAAUAGUUAGUUUCACUUCUCCUAGGUCACCUAGGUUAUUGUUGGUUGACUGUACUUGAGAGACGAAAUUGUUGUCGUUGAGUGUAAUGAGGUCCAGUUCUUGACACGUUUUCAAGCCUAGGAGGCAUCGGAAAUUAUUUCCAACGACUACAAAUCUCACUACAGUUGUUUUCCCAGAUUUUGGGUUGGUCAUUGGCAAAUCAGCAACUCCUAGUGACUUCUGUUCAGUCAUGUUCCACAUUCUUAUGGUUUGCGUGGUCUCCACUGCUUGACAUCUCUUGACAAAUCUUUUACAAAUGAUGUUGACGUCAGCUCCUGUGUCUAACUGGAAUUUCACUCUUUGACCAUUCACUACAAAUUCAGCCGUGAGCCUGUCUCUUGUCGAAUUGAGUGCAUUUAUUGUAUUUAGCCACUCUGGCUCGUACCCUGACGCCUUGUGUACAAGUGUGCUUCCUUUUACUCUGUUGCACUUUCUUGCAAAGUGUUUUUUUCCCCGCAUCGCUUGCAUGUUUGUCCCCAAGCUCUGAGCAUGACAGGAGUUUUUCCUGCUUUUUCCUAUCUGAUGAGAAUACUAUUUUGUCCUGAAUCAUUCUGUCUGGCUCUUUGAAGUUGCAUUUGUUUGUCUGAGACUUUAGUUGUGUUAGGAAGGUCUCAAAUGGGGAGCAGAUAGGCAACUUCCAAAAGCGGAAAGUUUCUAGCACUUCAUUGUCCCUGGGGUUGCAAUAGUCAAGCAGCUUUUUCAAUAAUGUCCUAGUACCACCUGUCCUACUGUACCUGUUAUUAAUUAGAUAAACACUCAUAUGUAGCAAACUCUGCCUCCCAACACAAUUGCUGCUGAUUAGACGACCGUUACCAUCAAACAGCCUUUGAUAGUGCCCGUGUGAUACAUUUCUACUGGACCUUUGUGGGUCAGCGAAGAACAGAAUUAUUCAAAUGCAAACGUUGAGGACAUUCUGACGAUUUGUGGCCUCUCUUUUGCAAUUAAAGCAAAUAAUUUAAGUUACUCUCAACCACUGCCUUAUAAAUCAACACAUCUGACUCAGCAACCUGAAACCCUUCUAUUACUUCCAGCAUGUUCUCCACUGUACUGUGUUUACUUAAAACCAGUUGUCUGUACAUGUUACUCGAUACACUAAGAUUCUAUCUUUAAUCAAGAGAUCUUUGAUCUCAUCCACUGUUUUACCAACCUCAGCCAUCUUACACCUAUUGUCCAACGCGGUUCUCAAUUCCGUCAUAUACCCCCUAAAGUCGUUUUGAUGAAGUCUCAGGCUUGGAACCUUUUGCAGCAGGUUUCCAUGUUGAUGUCAGCGUGGCGAAGAAGUGCCAUCUUGACUUCCUCACCUCAUAAUUGUUGCUAAGGAACAGACUGUCCCUUAACAUGAAAUUUUUAGUGCGGUGACUCUUUUUUUAGGAAAUCAGCUAGGACCACUCUUUUUUUUUUUCAAAUUUGCACCUCGCUGCAAGGGGCUCAAAGUGCGCCAGGUAAGCUAGAAGGUCGUCAUCUUCUUUCAUGCCCUGGAAGCUCUUGUCUAGCCUAUCCAAGACAUUCUUAUAUCACACCUGUCUGUCCUGCCGCCCCCACCUGCCUCUGGUGCAGACUUUUCUUUAAGCCAAGCCAGUUUCUACUCCUCUUUCUUCUUAUUGCCUCUCUUGCAUCCCUCUCUUUCCACCUCUUGUGCUCUUCACGCCUGAACUUCUCCCCGCUCAAACCUAGCCUCUUCCUCCACCUUUGCUUCUUUCUUAUAUCUAUCAUAUUCGUCUUUCCAUUACGCCACAUAUUUCUCUAACUUUUACCUUCAUACCCCAUAGCAAGGCCAUCACUAAUAAACUGGGAAGUUACAGUUAACCUGGUUUCAAUGGUCUAAAUUGUGCACUACCUUACUGUAUUAAACUAACACAAUUAAUACACUAUUAGUAUAAUAUACUAGCAUAAGAUUUAAACUAAAACCCUGAGUGUGUCAAAUAACUAAGAAAGAGAAAAUGUAUCUGAACAGUAUCUAGUGUCAGACGCCUCACUCCAAGCCACUGCGUAGAAAGAUCGAGUUCAGUAUUACAACUUCAACAUUGGCAUUCUAUAAAUAAUGAACAAAAAACUCAACUUCUACUAUUAAACUAGAAAUAGUGAUAACCUCAUAGAAAAUAUAAUGAGAGAUAUCACAAAUGAAGUAACAUACCCUAAACAGGGGUCCAAAAUUCCUACCGAAUAAUUAGUCCCAGGAAAUAGUACUUGUUUAAACAAACUAAUAAUCUUUUACAUACCAACACACUGUCCGUUUCAACCAACUUCAGAGGGUGAACUGCCUCUUGAACAAAGUUAACCAAUAACCAUCACCGGACUUUGUGAUGUAGCAAACAAUUCAAAACAGAAAUACAAGUCGCUCUUCCCCCCGUAUAAGGUUUAGGAGUAGAGAAAAAAAAACUUAACAGAGAGGGAGAAAGAAAAAAAAAACUUGUGACAGGGGACAGGGCUGAGUUAAAGAGACCUAAGCUGGUUUAAAACCCUGGUUUAAGAGUUAGGCGACAUGUCUCAGUUAAAGAGACCUACGCUGGUUUAAAACCUUGGAGGAGAUUGAGUUUUCUCCUUCAUGUAACAGAACUUGAGUGACUCUUUCCAACUCAAGAAGGUGCCUGCUAGUUACACUCAUACAUUCUUACC